CGCAGCCUCCGAGAGCCCGGAGAAGGAGAAGCGGGAGCGAGCGAACGACUCCGUCCCCGGGCGGCGGCUGCAGCGGCCCGGGGGGUGCGGCGGCCGGGGCAGGGGCGGGCGGCGGGGGCAGCCCGCACCAGCCAUGCCGAAUAAAAACAAGAAGGAGAAAGAUCCACCAAAAGCAGGGAAAAGUGGGAAGAGUUCAAAAGAAGGACAAGACACAGAAUCAGAGCAAAUUUCCAGCAGAAAAAACAGCGCUGUGGCUGUCCAGUCUUCAACAUCUGCUAAAAUAAAAGUACCACCCCCUCCUCAGCCCAUGGCGAAGAAAGACAAACGGCAGAAUUCAUCACGGUUUAAUGCCAGUAGUAAUAGAGAACUGCAAAAGCUACCAUCUUUGAAAGAUGUUCCUCCUGCGGAUCAAGAAAAGCUUUUUACCCAGAAGUUACGUCAGUGUUGCGUCCUCUUUGACUUUGUUUCUGACCCACUGAGUGACCUCAAGUGGAAGGAAGUGAAACGAGCUGCUUUAAGUGAAAUGGUGGAAUACAUCACCCAUAAUCGGAAUGUGAUCACGGAGCCUAUUUAUCCAGAAGUAGUCCACAUGUUUGCAGUUAACAUGUUUCGAACAUUGCCGCCUUCCUCCAACCCUACGGGAGCAGAAUUUGACCCUGAGGAAGACGAGCCAACGUUAGAAGCAGCCUGGCCUCAUCUGCAGCUUGUUUAUGAAUUUUUCUUAAGAUUUUUAGAGUCUCCCGAUUUCCAGCCUAAUAUAGCAAAGAAGUAUAUUGAUCAGAAGUUUGUGUUGCAGCUUUUAGAGCUCUUUGACAGCGAGGAUCCGAGAGAGAGAGAUUUUCUUAAAACCACCCUUCACAGAAUCUAUGGGAAGUUCCUAGGCCUGAGAGCUUACAUCAGGAAACAGAUAAAUAAUAUAUUUUAUAGGUUUAUUUAUGAAACAGAGCAUCACAAUGGCAUAGCAGAGUUACUGGAGAUACUGGGAAGUAUAAUUAAUGGAUUUGCCUUACCGUUAAAAGAAGAGCACAAGAUUUUCUUAUUGAAGGUGUUACUGCCUUUGCACAAGGUGAAAUCACUGAGUGUCUACCACCCCCAGCUGGCCUACUGUGUCGUGCAGUUUCUGGAGAAGGACAGCACCCUCACCGAGCCAGUGGUCAUGGCACUUCUCAAAUACUGGCCAAAGACUCACAGUCCGAAAGAAGUAAUGUUCUUAAAUGAAUUAGAAGAAAUUUUAGAUGUCAUCGAGCCGUCCGAAUUCGUGAAGAUCAUGGAGCCUCUUUUCCGACAAUUAGCCAAAUGUGUUUCCAGCCCGCACUUCCAGGUGGCAGAGCGAGCGCUGUAUUACUGGAACAAUGAAUACAUUAUGAGCUUAAUCAGUGACAACGCAGCAAAGAUCCUGCCCAUCAUGUUUCCAUCCCUAUACCGCAACUCCAAGACCCAUUGGAACAAGACGAUACAUGGCUUGAUAUACAACGCCCUGAAACUCUUCAUGGAAAUGAACCAGAAGCUAUUUGAUGACUGCACCCAACAGUUUAAAGCAGAGAAACUGAAAGAGAAGCUAAAAAUGAAAGAGCGAGAAGAAGCAUGGGUUAAAAUAGAAAAUCUAGCCAAAGCGAAUCCCCAGUACACAGUGUAUAGCCAAGCCAGCACCAUGAGCAUGCCGGUUGCAAUGGAGACAGAUGGGCCUCUGUUUGAAGAUGUGCAGAUGCUGAGAAAGACAGUGAACGACGAGGCUCGUCAGGCGCAGAAAGAUCCGAAGAAGGACCGUCCCCUUGCGCGCCGCAAGUCCGAGCUGCCUCAGGACCCCCACACCAAGAAGGCCUUGGAAGCUCACUGCAGAGCCGACGAGCUGGUCUCGCAGGGUGGGCCCUAGCCUCGGGGCGGUGGCCGGCCUGCCCGCUCCUGGUUCUGUAGAAAGUCCAUACUGUCUGCGCCGUACCAUCAGUCACUCAGAGUCAGAGCUUCCUCCAGCCCCGUUCUGUAGGCAAUAACGCGUGUCUGCCUCAGCUCAGAUUAGGUGUUCAAACAAUGGUGGCUUCUCGGACCCCGGCAGCCGAGCUAGUGGAUGGCGGCAUUCUCACCGUGUCCUCAGCACCCCAGCACGGCGCUAAGUAAGCCGGUUUCCCAAAAUCAGAGCUCUAGGAAAGCACCCUGGUCCUCAUCUUCAUGUUCUACCCAAACGGAAUCUGUGAUCCUUUAAAAUAGGUGGUUCUAGAUAACAUCGAUGUUUUUCAAAUCAGAGGAACAGUUUUAAAAAGUAUUGCCUAUUUUUUAAGACUUUACAACCUUUGAAAUUGUUUCCACGUGACUGUCAUGCCUGCAGUUUUUGUUUAAUCUCACAGAAAUGGCUCUUGCUUUCAUGUUGUCACAGCCUUCUGGGAAGUGAUGUGACAAUGAGCGGCCGCCGCACCUGUGAGGUGUCCUUUACUGUGGUCAGUGGCGUGCGCGCCAUGUCCUACUUCUCUUGCAUCUACCGAAAGCCAUAUUUCCAGGUCUCCGGUACAGCACCAGGAUUCCAAGAGUAAGCUUACAGAAGGGGUUUAUUUUUAAAAGCUUUCUGUAUCUAUCUACCUUGACUUGAAUUGGAGUUGUAAAAUUAUGUGUUCGUAUUUUUAUUCGGAGAAUCAACUUUCAUCUCCUUACACUGUUGCCCUUCAACAAGGCUCCUAAAUCAAUAAAAUUAUAGUCUAAGAAUUCCACAUUUUGUAGAAAGUUAGGGCAAGACCAUUUUGCGCUAAGCCAGUUCUUGGCCUGAUGCAGACUGCAGAUGCCUUGGGGUGGAAAGUAGCAGAAACGGCCCCGUGGGGCCACGGGCCCUGCUGUGACUUGGUCUGAGGCUUUGAGGAAGCUGGGGGCUGGCGCUGAGCGAGCCUCCCUGUGAGGAAGCGCACAGGGCCCCAACCUCACGAGGAAACAGUGUCUGAGUUUUCAUCAGUCUUCAAAUGCUGCUAUAUAUUUCACAGGCUCCCUGCAUGGAUUAAGCUUUUGUUUUAGAUGGAGUAGCACGAGGAGAAAACCCUUUAAACUUAGUGCUUUGUCUACUCUUCAUUUCUCUCAGGGUGGCCAGUAUUUUGACUUAUUUAUCCUGCUUGAAAGCUACUUGAGAUGUGUACUGCUAUUCUAAACAGUGACUAGUUUCUUUUGUCUCUGGCAUAUAUAUAACUUAAUGUUAAAUGUCUUGAUGCAUAAGAGAUAAAAUGUGGCUUCUUUUAGGAUCUGAUUUUUAUUCGUGGUCUCGGGUAUCCAUGAAAAGAUUGUGAAAAUCAGACAUUGCUCCUUGUGCGGCUGCAGCGCCUGCUGCUGGGGUUCCUGUAGGUCCACUGACGACAACGCUUGUUUCCUUGUGUCCUGGAGGAAACUCAGCUCGGGGAGGGAAUUCCCGUGGCGAGAGCAGAGCAAGCACAAAAGGAAAGCAUUGCCCAGUGGAGGUGGACCAGUCAGUCCACUUGGUGAGGAGAACACUUCCUGAGAAACUUGACAGUAGCUAUCCAUUGUACCAUUAUGAAACCUAUGAUUUAAAAAUGUUUAGAUGCCUUCUCCUUUUGAAGGAAAAAGGGUGCUUUUUAUUGUAUAAAGCAGCGUCUUCUGUAUUUUGAUAUACCAUUGUUUGAACUUCUGUCCUUAGCUGGUAGGUUCUCAGAUAUCCCUGACCCGGAUGUCCGGUGUGUUGGUGAGAGAGAUUUCUGGGAAGCCUGUCCUUCUGCCCUCGGAAAAAGCAAGCUGUCAGGGUGGGGUGACUAUGUAACGCUCCACCUGUCAGAACAUCUUUCGGUCUAGGUUUUAUUUCUGCUCUUUAUUGAAGACAAACAUUCACCAAUAAGGGAAAAGGAAAAACAGUUUUGAGAGAAACUCAUUUUCUUUGACAAGAGUAUUACUUACUUUUUUGGCCUAUUAAAAUUUCCUCAUUAGUACUCAGAUUCCCUGUGCUGACUGUUCGACUUCCAUGUUAUUAGAGAGGGACACUGUUUACUCUGUACCGAACUGAUCUCCAAAGUCCUGCAUUGAAAAUAAACUGGUGACUGUUUUUCUUCAUAAAGUCCUGCGUGGCAUCUUCACUCUUUCCCAACGCAUCUGUACACCAGAAAUGUCACAGUUCCCAGUGUCUUUUUAGUGUGGCUUUAGUAUGGCUUCCUUUUACUAUUGUACAUACAUUGUAUCUUUGUUUUAUGGUAAUAAGUAAUAAAAAUGUAGACUUCAUAUUUUGUACAAAAUGUCCUAUGUACAGAAUAAAAAAGUUCAUAGAAACAGCAAAAA